AUGACUGGCGACACCCAUGAUAUUUCUGAAAUCCUGGUUUUCGAAUUUUUCGAACCAGUUCAGUAUUUUGACAAUCCCGAUGUCAAAUUUCCACUAAAUAAAGCCAAAGUCGGCCGUUGGUUAGGUAUUGUAACCAAUGUGGGCCAAGCCUUGUGCUACCAUAUUUUGACGGACAAGGGUACUGUAAUCACUCGAUCUACUGUUACACCCCUCCAAAACCUCGAUUCGUCUGCUCUGCAGACUGCCCUCGCUACUUUUGACGCCGCCAUAAGGGAGACUUAUCAGCCUUCUGAUUUCGCCCUCGGCAACAAAAUCAAAGCGCCGGCUUUCCGCCGUGACGAAGCGAUGAAAGUCGCUCGGCGAUCCGACGAUCCCGGCGAUGGCAACACCCGUAACAGACAUGUGUUAUACGAUCUGAACGAAGGGGAUGACCAUAUUCAACUGGAUCCCGGGCUCACGGUUGACAAUUUCUUCGAGAACGACUCACCGGAUCAGGACCCCACCUCCUUAAUUAUUGGUACUGACGUUCUACUCACUUCGGGUGCGGUUCAGCGCCAGGGCCGAGUUAUCAAGCGCAAUCGCGACGGUACUCCAGUCCCUAACGACGACCCUGGAAAUUUCGUUGUCGAAUUCGACGACGGUACCGAGGAAGUCCACGGUCGACAAUGA